AGAAAGUCCAGUAUGUCACAUGUUAUCAGAAAGUCCUUCGGACAUCGUCGAAGCGCCUCCACUGCCACCUAGGGCUUCUCCUUCAACAGUUGUACCGCCGGUAGUACUUCACAGGCCCUUGGAAAGAUCCCAUGCCCUCGCCAGCCCUUUUCUACGCCACCGGCUGUACAUAGGCAAAAUAAACCGCAGAAGAAACAGCAGCAACCAAGGCUGGAAGAUACGUUUGGGUUUGAGAUUAUUGAUACUGAUGAGGAGUACAGGUCUUUUGGUACAGCAUCAACAGCAUCUUCUUUGUCUGACGUUGAAAUGACCAGUACUCCAACUCAUAAACUGAAGGCUGCUUUUGCUGAAAACGGCAAGAAACUUAUUGGUUGUGAUAAUUAUAUAACGACAGUGCUAAGUAAAAAUUCUAGUCCUCAAUUACCCCUCCAACACCACCAUAUACUCUUAGAGAAGAAAGAUAGUCAAAGUUCGUCGCACAGUAGUUCCUCAACAGAUGCAGUAGAUGGUUGUUUUAGUUCAGAGUCAUUAGCUAAACCGCAUAAACCGCUUACUAGACAGGUGCCUGAUAUGGAGAAGAUUAAACAACAAAGUCUAGAAGACUGUGGAGGACAACAUACGCCACUUCAUAGGCCAGUGCUAGCACCAACAGCUCAUUUAAGUGGCUUGGAAAUUGUUAGGCCGCAUCCUAAAGGCUUACAAAGGGUGGCAGCGAUAUCCAAUGACCUAGCCAGCCUCCCAGUCUGUCCACCUACACCAACUCAUCGUGCCAGACGACGCGGCGUUACGAGAUCGAACUGCGGCGAUUUGCGACCUCCAGACCUCAAAUCGACCGAGCCUCCUGACCUCACCGUUAGCAUCGCAACGGCGACGGAAGAAGAUGGCGCUGCAGGAGCGGCGAAUAGCGGUCAAGAGGAAGACGGGGUGAGGUUAUUAGGUCUUGCGGCUGCUGGUGUGACAGCUGAGGAGGGCAAGGACGGAGAGGUCCAGAGUAGGGUUAGAGAUGCAAAUGGCGAGGCAAGUGGAGGAGUACCUUUACCACUCCAAAGGCUAAGCACGACAAGACUGCCAUCUAUACCUGAAAGGAGCCAUAGAGUAUUAGCAGAAAUGGGGGAACACGAAGAGCCAUUGCCACCGUCUUGGGAGGCUCGAAUGGACAGCCACGGUAGAGUAUUCUACAUAGAUCAUGCAACAAGAACGACGUCCUGGACAAGACCUGGUUCAGUAGCAGGCAGUGGGGCUACAGGGACUGUAGAAACAGCUGCUGGGGCACAAGAACAGCAACAUAGGAGGCAGUUAGAUAGGCGGUACCAAAGCAUUCGAAGAACUAUAAGUCAGAAUAGGAUAGAAGCUUCAGGUCCUAUUGGCGGAGGUACUGGAGCCAUGUCGGGAGAUAUCCAAGCACCACCUGGUUGUAAGCUCCUUACCAGGCCGGAUUUCUUCACGAUACUUCAUAUGAAUCAGGUUAGAAAUAAAGUAUUUUAGGUGGUGAACAUUAUCUGCAAAAAUAAAUCAGUAUAUUGCUCAAAAUGUUCCAAAUUAGCUACUCCAAG